AUGUAUACACUCACCAACGCCGAGACAUACUCGCUGCCCUCCUCUGACUGGAUAACCUCCCUUCUCCGCACGUCCGCGACGACCCUCACCUCGAUAUCGACGGAUGGCGCCCUGUCGCUGCACAACCCUGCAGCGUUACCCCAAGGACCGCUCAAGUCGUUCAAGACAACACACGACACCAUCUCCGCCCUCCAACCAUGGGACGACAACGUUGUCGCAACAUCAGGAUGGAACGGCACCGUCACCUUGUGGGAUUUUCGUCAGCAGAGCGGGAAAGCACUUGACUUCAAAGCCUGCGACGCCCCAGUCCUCAGCAUGGCCACUCAUCCUGGAAACCAAGCGUUGAGCGUUGGCACAGAACUCACGCACCACCAGGCGUCCAUCCACAUCUUUGACAUUCGGGCUGGCCAGUCUACGCCCAAGGCCGCAUACCAUGAUCUUCACUCUGACGACAUCACCACGCUCACCUACCAUCCCACCCGCCCCAACAUCUUGUUGUCAGGCUCCACGGACGGCUUGGUCAGCGUGCACGACACCAACAUCACGGAGGAGGAUGAAAUGACCAUCCAAACCCUCAACCUCAACGCCUCCAUCCACACAGCCACGUUUGUCGGCGACAGCAGCAUCGUCUCCGCCCUCAGCCACGAUGAAAAGUUUGCGCUGUACGACAUUAGCGACACGCGCGAGAAUGGCGAUGCCCUGGUGGACUUUGGCGAUCUACGACAGGGUCUGGGCUGCCAGUACGUCUGCGACGUCAUCCCCAAGCGCGACGGUAGCGGCGCCAUUGUCGGGUGCGGCGCGCAGGACAAUCACGAAUUCGGCCUCGUUUUCCUCGCAAAGGGACAGCAGGAGAGCGCGUGGACGUUGGAUAAGAGCGCGGGCGUGGGCCUGCCCGGCGGUCAUGGGGAAGAAAUCGUUCGGGACUUUUGCUUCUUCGACGAGGAGCAGGUCGUCUUCACGGGCGGCGAGGACGGUAAGAUCAAAGCAUGGCGGCCGUCAUAG